CAGACACUGGCCCGUCUAUGUUAAACCGAGACGGUGAAUCGCAGUACUCUGAACCCCGCCACGGUCAACUCACUAAUGCUGUCGGGAAUCCUGCUGUCGGGAAGACGAGGACAGGGACGAUUACUCUCCCACAUGCGUGAUAAAAGAAACAUGAUGAACAAAUCUGCUUAUCCAAAGAUCGAGGAGAAUAAAGACAACAAAACCGUAUCUACAGAGAGAGGCCGGGCUGCUGUUGUGUUCUCCUUGAAGAAUGAAGUCGGUGGACUUGUCAAGGCACUAAAACUUUUCCAGGAAAACCACGUCAACCUGGUGCACAUCGAAUCCAGAAAAUCCAAAAGGCGCAACUCAGAGUUCGAGAUCUUCGUAGACUGUGACAGCAACCGCGAGCAGCUUCACGAGAUCCUUCAGCUGCUGAGGAAACACGUGAACGUGCUCGAGAUGGACGCGCCUGACAACCGCCUGCCUGAAGAAAGCGAGAUGGAGAGCAUGCCAUGGUUCCCGAAGAAGAUUUCAGAUCUGGAUAAAUGUGCGAACCGCGUGCUGAUGUACGGAUCAGACCUGGAUGCAGAUCAUCCAGGAUUCAAAGACAACGUCUAUCGCAAAAGGAGGAAGUAUUUCGCAGACUUGGCUAUGAGCUACAAACAUGGAGACCCCAUUCCCCGUAUAGAGUUCACAGACGAGGAGGUGAAAACAUGGGGAGUGGUGUUCAGGGAGCUGAAUAAACUCUACCCCUCACACGCCUGCCGCGAGUACCUCAAGAACCUGCCCUUGCUCAUCAAACACUGUGACGUCCGCGAGGACAACAUCCCGCAGCUGGAGGACGUCUCACGCUUCCUCAAAGAGCGCACUGGCUUCACCAUCAGGCCUGUGGCUGGGUAUCUCUCCCCACGAGACUUCCUGGCAGGUCUGGCCUUCCGUGUGUUUCACUGCACUCAGUAUGUGCGACACAGCUCAGACCCCCUCUACACACCCGAGCCAGACACAUGUCACGAGCUGCUUGGACAUGUCCCUCUUUUGGCCGAGCCCAGCUUUGCUCAGUUCAGUCAGGAGAUCGGUCUCGCAUCACUAGGAGCAUCGGAUGACUCUGUACAGAAACUCGCCACUUGUUAUUUCUUCACUGUGGAGUUCGGCCUCUGUAAGCAAGAAGGGCGACUGAGAGCUUAUGGAGCCGGUCUGCUGUCCUCCAUCAGCGAGCUGAAGCAUGCACUCUCAGGAAACGCCAGGAUCUUGCCCUUUGACCCCAAUGUGACAAGCAAACAGGAGUGCAUCAUCACCACCUUUCAGGAUGUCUACUUUGUUUCGGACACCUUCGAGGAAGCAAAAGUCAAAAUGAGGGAGUUUGCAAAGACCAUCAAGAGGCCCUUCUCAGUGCGCUACAACCCGUACACGCAGAGCGUCGAUGUUCUGAAGGACACGGCCAGCAUCAACAACGUGGUGGAAGAGCUAAGACAUGAGCUGGAUAUCAUUGGAGAUGCACUAAGCAGGCUAAACAUGCAGUUAGGAGUCUGAAAAACUAAACAUUUCCCAGCAAACCAUCCAUUAUUUCAUGUACCAGUUCGUCUGCUUUGUCACAGUACUUCACUUUCUGAAUCAUGCAUGGCAUGAAAACCCACCAAACGAAGUCAAAUCCUUGUGUCUGUUUAUAUAAUUAGUUUGGCUCUUGUUAAAGUUUAAAUAUGUGGAUCAGCAAAAGCUGUGCUAAAUGCUUGCAAGUGGAGUAUUUUAUGUGAGUUUUCUACUUGACAAGGUGGUUUUUUUAUGCAAGGUGACCACAAUGGUUUUGGUUAAAUUGAGGCUACAAAUGUGAAGUGUGUGUAUAUAUUGAUAUAUCUUAAUAUAUUGAUGGUUUCGGUUUGCAUUUAUGUCAUUUGUCAUUUCAAAUUGGCACGUUUAUUUAUUCAGAGAUACUGUCUGAUAGAUUUUAGUAUAUAAACAGUAUCUUUGUGAGUCUAUGAAACAUUUAGUAUAUACAGUGUAUGCUAUGUGUUAUUGUUUCUUUAUUUAAAAUGGAUGUCUACGUGGAGUAGGACCUGGAAUAAUCUGUAUUUAUUAAAAUGCAUGUAAAUAUUGA